GCCCCGCCUCGGCGGAAGAUGCCAACGAAUGGGAUCCACCAGGUGCUGAAGAUCCAGUUCGGGUUGAUCAACUGCGAGAGCCGGUACCUGACGGCGGAGAGCUUCGGCUACAAGGUGAACGCCUCGGCGCCCAGCCUCAAGCGCAAGCAGAUCUGGACGCUGGAGCAGGAUGAAGCCGACAGCUCCAUCGUCUUCCUCAAGAGCCACCUGGGCCGGUACCUGGGCGCCGACAAGGACGGGAAGGUGCGCUGCGAGGCGGAGCAGCCGGGCCGGGAUGAAGGCUUCAGCAUCAUCACGCAGUCGGACGGGCGCUGGGCGCUGCAGUCGGCCCCGCACCGGCGCUUCUUCGGGGGCCGCGAGGAUCGCCUGUCCUGCUUCGCCCCCAGCGUGACGGAGGGCGAGCUCUGGACCGUGCACCUGGCCAUGCACCCCCAGGCCAACCUGCUGAGCGUCAGCCGCCGCCGCUACGCCCACCUGAGCGCCCACGAGGACGAGAUCGCCACCGACAGCAACCUGCCCUGGGGGGUGGACGCGCUCAUCACCCUCUGCUUCCAGGACAAGAAGUACAGCCUGCGCACGGCCGACGAGCGCUACCUGCGCUGCGAUGGCACCUUGGUGCCCGAGCCCGGCGCCGGCACCGGUUACACCCUCGAGUUCAAGGCUGGCAAGUUGGCGUUCAAGGACUGCGACGGGAAAUACCUGGCGCCCACCGGACCCACCGGCACCCUCAAAUCCGGCCGCAGCUCCAAGCCGGGCAAAGAUGAACUCUUUGACCUGGAGGAGAGUCACCCCCAGGUGGUGUUCACGGCGGCCAACGGCAGAUAUGUCUCCAUCCGGCAGGGUGUGAAUGUCUCAGCAAACCAGGACGAGGAGCUGAACCACGAGACCUUCCAGCUGCAGAUCGACCGUGACACCAACAAGUGCAGCCUCCACACCAACACCGGCAGCUACUGGACCCUGGUGGCCCACGGGGGCAUCCAGGCCGUGGCCACCGAAAUCGCUGCCAACACCAUGUUUGACAUCGAGUGGCGCGGGCGGCGCGUGGCCCUGCGCGCCAGCAACGGCCGCUACGUCUGCACCAAGAGGAACGGGCAGCUGGCGGCCGUCAGCGACACCGUGGCCCCUUUCUUCUUCGAGUUCCGGGAGCGGGGCCGCGUGGCCAUCAAAGGGAAGAACGGGCGGUACCUGCGCGGGGACCCCGCGGGGACCCUGCGUGCCGACAGCGAGUCCGUGCUGCGAGCCACGCUCUGGGAGUACUGACCCCAGCACCUCCCCCGCGGCCACCGGGGCACCCGCCUGGCCCUGGCAAAGCGGGGUGGUGGCAGCGGUGGCACCGCCCACGGCAGCUGU